AUGGUCUCCGAGGUGUCACCCCUCGAUGACCAACCCGCCACCGACGCCCUCCCUCCCGAUCACACCCUCGCCCUCCUCAUCCGCCGGUCCAAGUCCCCGGAAGGCGCCGGCGACUUGCUCGCCGACGGCACCCCCGCCCGGGCGGCCGCCUGGCUGGCGUCAUGCCUGGACGCCUGGAGGCGCAGCCCACACUCCGACGCCCCGCCGCAUGCCAUCUCCCAAGUGCUGACUCUGCUCAGGAACCUGUGCGCGCUGGGCGCCCCGUCGGCGAUUGCGAUCGUCGACUCCGGCGCCGUGGCCUCCGCGGGGGCCGCUGCUCACUUGGCGGCGUCCCGACCCGUCCGGCCCGAUCGCGAGGGGUGGCUGCUCCGCGUGUGCGCGCAGUUUCUGGGAAACUGCGCCACGGCGUCGCCGGAGGGCGCCGCGUCCGUCUGGCGCCGAUGCUUCCCGGACGUCUUUGAGUCCCUGGCGACGGCGGGGGAGGCGGGGAUCGAGCCGCUGUGCAUGGCGCUCACCGCGUGCUGCCGCGCAUCGAGACGGUGCUGCCUGGACCUGUGCGGGGAGAGCGGGAGGGGGAUUCUCGAUGCCGCGGCGGGGGGCCUGGAGUUUGGUGGCGGCGCCAGGGAGUGGCUGGCGAUGCUGGUUGGCCACAUUGGCUACUGCGAGGGCCUACUGGGCGAGGUGGUCGGGACGUCCGGGGACUCCUCGGGCCCCUCUGCGGCCUCCCCGGACUUAAAACUCCUCCGGGUGCUGGCCCUGCCGGACCUUUUUGAGUGGGUGCCCCGGAGGGGGCUGUCAGCGCAAAUUGUGCUCAAAUCGUUGAAUGCGCUGUCCUGCCUUACGCAGCGGCUGGCGGCGGAGUGCGGCGAAGCGAAGGGCGGUCCCUACGCGCCGGAACGCCUCGAGCUGGUGCUCCAAUGCCUGAGGGGUGGGACAGGAUUUGACGGGCUGCAGGGAAUGGGGGAGGAGGCGGGGGGCGACCCCGUGUCGGCCUUGUGCGCAGACAGCGGCCUGCUGGAGUGCCUGGUGGGCUGCUUGAGGUCAUUGGAGCCGAUCCAACUGCCGGGGAGGGCCUGCCCCGGGCAGGGUCCCGUGCCUGCCGUUGGGGAGGGGCAAAUGGGAUCUGAGAGGAUAGGAUGGGAAACCAUUCCCAGGAUGGCAUCCCAGACUUGUCAGGAUUGUGAGGAAUCUGAGGUAGGAGGCAGGAGAGGGAGGGAGGAGGGAAUGGGCGGCGAGGGCCGAUGUGGCGGAGAGGGGGCUGCUGGCGGGUUCCCAAGGAAGCAGCCUUACAGGGGGUAUCGCACGGACGUGGUGGCAGUCCUGGCCAACUCGAUGUACAGGCGACCGGAGGUGCAGCGCGCGGUGAUGGGCCUUGGGGGCCUGCCCCUCCUGCUGAAUCAGUGCCGCCUCGACGACGCCAGCCCGAUGGUGAACGAGUGGGCGCUGUGGGCGGUGCGGAACAUGUGCGAGGGCAGCGCGGAAGCUCGGGAAUUCAUCUCUGGCCUUCAGCUGCAGACCGUCGUGGACCUGCCAGAGCUGGCAGAAAGGGGGAUCAAGAUCGAGGUUGACAGGGACACUGGCAAGCUCAAGGUCGUCAAGAGGGAAAGCGAUUCAUGCUGA